CCGGUCCCCCGCCGCCGCGUCAGGUGACACCCGGAAGUUGUGGAGGCGGCUGCGUGCGGGGGGCGGCGCGGAGCUGCGGGGCUGCUCGGCCUGGUGCGGCCCCCGGCGCAGCCCUCAUGCUCUCCUCUUCUUGACACCAGCAGCACGCCGCUCUUGGGCCCUCGCCGCGGGCUGGUGUCGUCGUGGUGCGGGCCCAUGGAGUCGGCCGGGCGCGGCGGCGACGGCGCGCCCCGGGGGCCGGUGCUGCACAUCGUGGUGGUCGGCUUCCACCACAAGAAGGGCUGCCAGGUUGAAUUUUCUUACCCACCCCUGAUACCAGGAGAUGGACAUGAUAGCCAUGCUCUACCUGAAGAAUGGAAGUAUCUGCCCUUUCUUGCCUUACCUGAUGGCGCACACAACUACCAGGAAGAUACUGUGUUUUUUCACUUGCCACCCAGAAAUGGAAAUGGAGACACAGUGUAUGGUAUCUCUUGCUAUCGACAAAUUGAAGCCAAGGCAUUGAAAGUAAGGCAAGCCGAUAUCACCAGAGAGACUGUUCAGAAAAGCGUCUGUGUUCUAAGCAAGCUGCCUCUCUAUGGCUUACUUCAAGCAAAACUUCAGCUCAUUACACAUGCAUAUUUUGAAGAGAAGGACUUUUCCCAAAUUUCCAUUCUAAAGGAGCUUUAUGAACAUAUGAAUAGUUCUCUGGGCGGAACUUCGUUAGAAGGAUCCCAAGUAUAUCUUGGUCUGUCUCCUCGAGAUCUGGUCCUUCAUUUUCGACACAAGGUCUUAAUCUUGUUUAAAUUAAUUCUUCUGGAAAAAAAGGUUCUUUUUUAUAUUUCUCCAGUGAAUAAAUUGGUGGGUGCACUGAUGACUGUGUUAUCCCUUUUUCCAGGGAUGAUUGAACAUGGUCUCCGUGACUGUUCACAGUACAGACCUCGCAAAAGCAUGUCUGAAGAUGCUGGGCUUCCAGAUAGUAAUCCCCCUACACAUGACUCUCUUUCUGGGUCUGCUGCUGACUUUUCAAAGGCCAGUCUGGGAGCUGUCAAGAAUAUCAUGGUAGGAAACCAUGGAGGAGAUGCUGCCAUCAAGACUGAAAAGCCUUUGCUCCGCAGAGAAGAUGAUCACAGCAAAAGACAAGAACUUGAUACCACUCAAUAUUUGAAACCUCCAUCUCUUCCAUCUCCAGAGUCUUCAGAAAGUGACUGGGAAACUUUGGAUCCUAGUAUCUUAGAAGACCCCAACUCAAAAGAAAGGGAACAGGUGGGGUCAGACCAGAUAAACUUAUUUCCAAAAGACUCUGUACCCUCAGACAGCCCUCCAAUUACUGUACAACCUCAAGCUAACACAGGGCAGGUGGUACUGAUACCAGGACUCAUUUCAGGUUUGGAAGAGGACCAGUAUGGCAUGCCCCUGGCCAUUUUCACAAAGGGUUAUCUGUGCUUGCCUUACAUGGCUCUGCAGCAGCAUCACCUUCUCUCUGAUGUCACCGUUCGGGGAUUUGUUGCUGGAGCUACUAACAUCCUUUUUCGACAACAGAAACAUCUCAGCGAUGCCAUUGUGGAAGUAGAAGAAGCUCUGAUCCAGAUCCAAGACCCAGAACUCAGGAAGCUGCUUCACCCAACCACUGCAGACCUCAGGUUUGCAGAUUAUCUGGUCAGGCAUGUGACCGAGAACCGAGAUGACGUCUUCCUGGACGGCACAGGCUGGGAGGGAGGUGAUGAGUGGAUCCGGGCCCAGUUUGCAGUCUACAUCCAUGCCCUGCUGGCUGCCACACUACAUCUAGAUAAUGAAAAGAUACUAUCGGACUAUGGGACCACUUUUGUUACAGCCUGGAAGAAUACUCACAACUACAGGGUAUGGAACAGCAACAAGCACCCAGCACUUGCAGAAAUAAAUCCAAACCAUCCAUUUCAAGGCCAGUACUCCAUGUCGGACAUGAAGUUAAGAUUCUCACAUUCUGUUCAAAAUAGUGAACGUGGCAAAAAAAUUGGAAACGCCAUGGUUACAACCAGCAGAAAUGUGGUACAAACAGGAAAAGCUGUAGGCCAGUCGGUUGGAGGAGCAUUUUCCACUGCAAAGACAGCUAUGUCUUCAUGGCUUUCGACCUUCACCACUUCCACACCUCAGAGUCUCCCCGAGCCCCCCGAUGGGAAGCCCUGAGCCAUGGAAGAAGCUGCGUCACUUUCUUAGGUGUAAGUGCUCCUGGCCACCUGUGCCCCCGGCCUCGCUUUCCCCAGUCACAGGGCCACAGCAGGGGCUUAAACCUGGAACUGUUUACAUGGACAGCUGCACUCAGUCUGACAAACAUCAUAGGAUGCGGAGAAGAUGAGGUCAUAGGCACAGCAGGGAUGGACUCCAGGUUGACCUUUAAAUUGACUACUUCUCUUUCAUUCUGAGCCUAAAACGUGCAGUAAGCCUUCUAAUGAAUUCCUUAAGUUCAGAGAUUGUAUAUGUUUACUUUAGAAAAGUUUUAAUGUAAAUUUUGUUGUUUUGCUUCUGAAUAUAUAGAUACCCAUUUUAAUUUAUAUUUGCUAAAAUUAAGUUAUAUUACUAUUUUUAAUUUCUGUGAUGUUGGCUGUACAAUGUGCUUAUAAGGGUAAAGGGCCGUAAAUCCAGCCGUUACUGUUUUCCUGAGUUCUAGGAUUUUUUUUUUAAGGUAUUUCCUAGCCACAAAACACACUGAUUAGUUCACUUCUUCCAAGAACUGCAAGACAGAGCAGGAGUUCUGUGCAUAGAGUGCUUUCAGGUGGUUGAUUUGUUCUUUCCUGCACACUUGCUUUGAGGCCACAGGGAGUGUCCUGUGCUCUCCUGCCCCUGCUGACCGUGUCAGAGCAAGUGGACAGAGAAACUGUUUGGACAGUCACAGUGGUGAGUGGUUUGACGUUGGCUAGUCUUUGUUCAGCGCUUUCAAACACCCAUACAUUAGUUUUGUCAACUCUGGUCAUGUGUCAGUCGUUGCCAGCAUUUUUUAAUCCAAAGUUUGUGCCCUCUUCUUCUUGACUUCUAGUUUCCUGUCCCUAUUGACAAACCUACAGGUUUCUUCUUCCUCUUACUCAUAAAGCUUUUCCAGGCACUUGGCCUUCUUGCUUCCCUGACUGAAAAUCCUCCUGCAAUCAGUCCUUGCCUCCUUCUAAAAGUCUUUAUAAAAGAAAAGCAAAAUGAUUCAUAAAGCUGAAAGAGAAAUCUCAGCCAGUGAUGAUGAUGUACAGCUUUAAUCCCAGAACUCUGGGAGGCUGAGGCAGGAGGAUUUCAACCUGGGCAACUUUGCAACUUAGCUCUGUCUGA